AUGAGUAAAGAUCAAAAAUACGAUUAUGAAGCCCUUCCCAUUCCCUCCUACGAAGAAGCGAUCGCCUCGCGCCCGAGCUCCUCCCGAACGCAUCUCACCUCCGACGUGGGCGACGAUCCCGAAGGCCAGGCCCUGCUUCACGAUGACCGCGAUGCCGCUGCCAGUGAUGAGCCCCAAUCUCGACCUCGUGGCUAUCACCCGCCGACGGUCGAGUCCGCUCGAAAUAGCGUCGAUGAUUUAUACUCCACGCCGCCCGGGUCGGAAAGGGGUUCGCUGGAGGAGUUGCGGGGAGAGCUUGAUCAGAUGGACGUUGAAGACCCCGGCCAACAGACAUCGCGAGGUUCCCGAUUACGGUCUAGACUUUCAAAACCCUUUAGCAACCUAACCCGAACACUGUCCUCGAUUAAUCUCCCGUUUCGUCGGUUUUGGCCAAGCUUCAAGUUCACCAUAAAUCUGAACUCGGCCCGGACGAGCUUCAACUCUAAUGGAUGCAUCAUCAUGCUUAGGUUAUUCGGCCUGCUACUCGUGGUCGCCGUCAUCUACGUCUUUGUGGUCUCCGACAUUUUCAAUUUCAACUCACGAUUUAUGAUGGGUCAGACUUACAGCGCAGCUUCGGUGGAGAACUUCGUUCAGGGUCAUAUCAACGAGACGAAUAUUGCAGAGAACCUCAAGAUCGCAACAAAAUAUCCUCAUCUUGCUGGUAGCGAAGGAAGUUUCUUUCUUGCGAAAUGGGUACAACAAGAGUUUGAGAAUGCCGGGCUGGAGGCCAUCGACAUGGACGAGUACCAGGUGUAUCUGAAUUGGCCUAAACCAGAUGGGCGGAGGGUAGCUAUUGUCGAUCCCCCAGAGCUUCGGUGGGAAGCCGUCUUGGAAGAGGACCAUCAAGACGAGAACAAAUACACACCAGCAUUUCACGGCCACUCAAAAUCAGGCAACGUUACAGGUCACCUAGUCUACGCAAACUACGGCUCUCGGGAAGACUUUCAAUAUCUGGUGGACCAAGGGAUCAACCUAAACGGCUCUAUUGCCCUAGUUCGAUACUAUGGAACCGAGACUGACCGCGCCCUCAAGAUAAAAGCCGCCGAACUUGCGGGGGCCGCGGGCUGCAUCAUUUACUCUGAUCCACUUGAAGAUGGUUUUGUCCGGGGCCCAGCCUACCCAAAGGGGCGCUUCAUGCCGUCGGAUGGUGUUCAAAGAGGUGGUGUGAGUAUGAUGUCGUGGGUAGUCGGGGAUGUCCUCUCUCCGGGGUUUGCGUCGACUCCGAAGAUGAAAACGCGAUUAAGCCACGAGCAAACGACCGGCCUACCGGGAAUACCUAGUCUUCCUUUGGCAUGGCGCGACGCCCAGAGGCUCUUGCAAGUCCUUGACGGUCAUGGUUCACAAGUACCCAAAGAAUGGAUUGGCGGUGUUCCCAAGGUAAAGCAGUGGUGGACAGGUGACGAAAAAUCACCGGUCGUGAACCUCAUGAAUCUACAGGAGGAAAAUGACAGGCAACCCAUAUAUAACGUGGUGGGAAGGAUCAUUGGAAUGGAAGAGCCCGAAAAGAAGAUUAUUGUCGGCAAUCACCGCGAUUCGUGGUGCUUAGGCGGCGCAGACCCAGGCAGUGGCACCGCUGUCUUUCUAGAGCUUGUCCGGGUCUUUGGAGAACUUCUGACGUUCGGUUGGCGGCCACUCCGGACAAUCGAAUUUGCCAGUUGGGAUGGAGAAGAGUAUAACCUGAUCGGGUCUACCGAGUACGUGGAGGACAGAAUGGACCAUAUCCGUGGAAACGCAUACGCAUAUAUCAAUGUGGACGUUGGUGUUAGCGGUACAGAGUUCGAGGCAGCUGGAAAUCCCCUCUUCGAGCGCGUCGUCAUGCAAGUCCUUGGUCGUAUAUCGGACCCCGUCACCAACGAGACCCUGAAAGACAUUUGGGAGAGCAAGAACAAGAGGUUUGCACCACUAGGAGCUGGAAGCGACUAUGUACCUUUUCAAGACCUUGCGGGAAUCUCCAGUAUAGACUUUGGGUUUACCGGAGAUCCAUAUCCGUAUCAUAGUUGCCAUGAGAACUAUGAUUGGAUGACAAAGUUCGGUGACCCAGGCUUUCAGUAUCACAAAAUCUUGGGCCAAUUCUGGGGGCUAUUGCUGCUUCAGUUCGCGGAUAACCCUAUUCUACCCUUUGAUGUCGAGGUUUACGCGGAGCACCUUGCUGGCUAUGUCAUCGACCUGGAAAACUACGCAAAGUCCAAGAAGAUUCCCAUCGACAACAGCGCCUCUGGAGAUUCUUCCGUCAACCUAACUCCUUUGUACAAUGCUACUGGAGUGCUUCGAGCAAACGCAGAGCAGUUUCAACGGUGGCCAAAGCUAUGGCACGAUGCUGUCUGGGGCGCUGGGGGUUUUGAGAACAACAUUAUAGCCCUACAACGCAUGUCUCAUAACUACCGCAUGGCUAAGCUUGAUUCUCACCUCCUGGACGACAGAUUUGGCGGCGGGAUACCAAACCGCACGCAGUUCAAACAUGUCGUUUAUGGCCCCCAGCUUUGGUCUGGCUAUGACGCAGCAGUGUUCCCAGCUAUCCAGGAUAGCUUCGAAACCCGAAAUUGGACCCUUACCCAAGAAUGGGUGGACCGGAUUGCCGACAUAAUCCUCGACGCCAGCGACAAGCUGUUGCAUGACUGA